GCCCGAGGCUCGGCUCGGCUAGGCUCGAUAAUCAUCAAGGAUAACCGUAUUAGGGGGCUGGUCAAAGGUUUUACCUUCCCUCUCUAAACACACAGCAGAGGACCGAUCACGUUGAAUACAUUAUUUUCCACAAAGAUGGGGUCGAUAGAUUUUCUGAAACGGUGUUUGUUGAGGUGCAGGUCCGGAGACAAUGACCGUCAUAAUAAUAAUAAUGAUAAUGAUGGUAAUAUAUUCGUGGAUGUUCCCAGUUUCGGACACACAGUGAAAGAGUUGUUCAAGUUUUUGGAAGUUCGUUCGUAUUUGUAUAUAGCUUUCAGAAUGUUCUCCAGUGCCCUGAGAGAUGUCUUCCUAGUGGAUGGGUUCUCCACAUUGCCGUUGAUAUUUGUACUCUACAUCAUACUCACCACUCACGCCUGCAUCAUCUACACGUGCAACCUCAACGGCCGGACAGCUAAGGCGGAUGUGGCGUUUAUUGUCAUGGUGAUCCUAGCGGAAGUUCUCGUUGCUGGGUGCGGCCUCAUCUUUCAGUCCGUCGACUUGCUUCUUGAGUUGAUAGCUUUCGCUGGUCUGCAGGUCACGGUUAGCAUCAUUUACUUUCUACUGAUGAGCCCUCACAUGCCCCGCAAACUGUACCGAACUUUUCAGAGACGUCGGAGGUGCCUUGAGGAACUUGUGUCGCCAAAACGCACUUCUCAAGGAGGUUGAACAGCUGCUCGCCCCGCCGUUUGCUUUUCGCGGUACAGUUGUGAUGAGCGUGGAUAAUUCUGUUGACCUGGCACGAUGGUGACGUCACAGCUCAGUUUGCCGAUGAUUGAAUCGGCUCUUCUGCCCCUCGAGGCCAUUGUAAAAGUACAUACCAUUCCCUGGUACAUUUUACUCGACUUGCGCAGUCUUGAGUAAACCAAUAAUUGGUCAAGUUCCAUCCAGUUUUCUAUUUUGGAACUUUUCAGUGUGCAAUGGGCUAAUGUGCCCCCAAGACACAAUUUUCUCUUCGUUGUGUAUUAUUGAAACAGUAUGUAUGCUGCCUUUUGCUAUUACCACUGUCGCAGGCCAUGGGAAUACCAUUUAUGUGAACAAUAAACUUAUGUUGUCAUUGUA